AGCCACUCUGGGCUCAAAACCGGUGACAGUUGCUCGUCCGAGUACGCCAGCGCUGGGUCCAAUGCCAUGGCGCAUUUCGCCAUUCUUCUAAGUUUGGCCGUGUGUGCCACAGAUGCACUCGACCUGCCGGAUCUACCAGGAUUCCUGGAGAAUCUGGGAGACGCGAUUGUAGAGAGUGCAAAGGAUGUAUAUAGUGGCAAGUUCACGUGGAAUUACACGUGGCACGACAGCACAGUGCAGGCCCCAUCCCAGUUCCUGCCGCUUGUGGAUCAGAUUAGAGAGAUGCCAGAGGCAACUCGAGAUGAAAGAAACCAUUGGUUCGGUUCUUGUUUUCUUGUUUGUUUCGUUGUCGUUGCUUUUUGUGGAACCAUAAUCGUGACUCUUGCGCCCAUGGUGAAGGGACACGCACCACAAUCUUACAUCCGGGUCGGCAGUAUCCAGAGAGGGGAAGCGGCCUCCGAGCCCGAAGUCAUCUCUGAGCCCUCCCAGUCGUUGAGCAAGUUGUGUCAGACAGUGCUGGUCGUUCUGAGCUUCGGAGGCACCUUCCUGGCAAGUCUCACUGCGUGCGUUUGGAGCCUCCAGACGGGCCGACUGUCCAAAACCGUUGGACUCGAUUGGGAGGUUUACCUCCUGCUGUUUGCUCUUGUUUCUUUCUGGUUGCUGGUUCAAGCAGUUUUUGCUGUUAGAAUGUUAAAGCCCGGAGAGAAAUUCAAGCUUUCAACAUUUGUGGUGGCGUGUCUAACAUCGUUGACACCAUUUGUGUCUGACUAUUUUGACACUUUGAAAGAUGCCAUUUUCGGAGCACUGUGUGUCCAAUCGCAACACCUGGGAAUUCAGAUACUCGGUUGGCUUUGUUGGGUAUACCUCCUGGCCAUUCACAUAUUUUUUGUGCGCCGACCGACAUGCUUUGCCGAAUUGUCUUCCACAUAUUUGUCGGUUCUAUUGGCCUCUCCGGCUUCCCAGGAGGAAUCUGGAGGAGGAGGUUGUUUGCAAGAGCUACUCUUGCUUCUAUACAAACAGUUGACCAGCACCAAGCGGGAAAUGCUGUUGAUUGAAAAUGUGCCUCAGGCCGUUUUCUCCAUAGCAUUCCUGUACUUUGAAGGUGGGUCAACCUUUGUCACAAUUGUGAGUCUAGGCGUGCCAAUUGUGCAGAUCGUCCUCACGCUUCUGCUCACCAAUCCCGUGCGACGAUGCGUGGCUACUGCACUUGGCAAGAAGAUCAACGAAGCUUUGAUACGCGGGAACUAUGUCAUGUCUUGGCAGAUAUGGUGUGAGGCCGAGUUCGAAGAGAACUUGGAUCUCCUCCGGGAAGCAUUGGAGGAGAUGGGCAUCGUGCGUGACCUUCUUGAGAUUGAGGAUGCCAAGAUGCUGGACAACGAGUCGAUGAAACAGAAGCUUCCUUGGAUCAGGGCUAUCGCCAACCAGUCCACAGAGGACAUCAAGCCUGUGCUAGAAGAAUGUUCCGGGGCCUUCAGCUUGGACCAACACCGUGGCAGCGAUGUCAAGGAGCUGCAAACAAAGAAGGAAUCGGAACUUAAUUUGGGAGUGAUGCAGAUUGGCGAUGCUUUGGCGCAGGCACUGGCCGAAGCGCUCAAGGUGAACAACACUGUUGAAAGGAUUAAUCUCGAACAGAACAACAUCGGUCCCGCGGGCGCAGAGGCACUGGCCGAAGCGCUCAAGGUGAACAACAGUGUUCGAAAGAUUUAUCUCCGGAGCAACAACAUCGGUCCCGCGGGCGCAGAGGCACUGGCCGAAGCGCUCAAGGUGAACAACACUGUUAAUGUGAUUAAUCUCGAACAGAACAACAUCGGUCCCGCGGGCGCAGAGGUGCCCUGCUGGGGGCCGGAGCGGGCGGAUCUCCGUGGAACUUCUCCCCCAGUCCUCCUCCGAGCCUCGCAGGCACUGGCCGAAGCGCUCAAGGUGAACAACACUGUUAAUGCGAUUUAUCUCCGGAGCAACAACAUCGGUCCCGCGGGCGCAGAGGCGCUAAGGCUAAGAGAAGUGGCAAGGAUGAAGAGAGAACGUGGAGAGACGUUCGAUUUGCACUUGUGACAUCAAGACUUGCUUUGCGGUGGCAUGGGUGUCCGGAUAGUGCCAGACGGCGGGAGCAGACGUGCCGCUGGCAUCAAGGCCAGCGUGAGGAAGAUCAGAAAUGAUUUUGUAAGAACUGGACGACUUUAGCUGCCCACGGUUGAUCUCAGAGGUCACAGGAAACCAUC